AUGUGCGCUGCUGGCGCUACACAACGUCCCAAAAAAGUAUCGUGGCGCAAGGCUGUGAAAAGGCCACGAGAUGAGCCCAUUCCACAGCUCUACACAAGAGACCUGCAUCCGCACUGA